UAAUUCUUGGGAGAGGGUGGGUCCAAUACGUAAUGAACCAAAAGAGAAUUUUGCAUUUUCCAAAGUCGAAAACAAUCGGUAGGGGUAGUAUCGUAGAUUUAAAUAAAACCUCAGAGACCAAUUUACUUCUUCCCCAAGAACGUCUUGUCCCUAUAAUUAAUUUCUCCUUUCAUCUACGAUUUCUACAUAAACCUGUUUGGAUUCUGAAAUUCAAUUGCGCUUCUUCCUCCUCCUCCGUGAUGUUGUUAACUAGGGUUUUAUCAAGAGUGUCUCGUACCUCGAGCUUACGCUCGUCUCUCUCCUCCUUGUCUUCUCCUCAAAGGAAUCAGAUUCUUCCCAUUCUUUCCAGCCAAUUUCACUCCUUCCUACACGGAACUCCCAAUAAGCUUGUUGCAGCUCCAGUGUCGCUCCUCAACCAUUCAUCUCCAGAUCUCAAUGUCUUUCAAAGGUUCGGCUUUUUCUCCUCUUCCUCAGCUGAAUCCAAGGAAAAUGAGAGCAGCCAAGGUUCUGAGGAUGUGGAGUCUAUGAAGAAAGCUACUACAGAUGCUUUUGAGGGUUUGUCAAGGGACGAUUUGGUGAAGCUUGUGGUUGAGAAGGAAGAUCUCGUCAGUGUUCAGCAGGAAGAGGUGAAGGAAAUGCAAGAUAAAGUUGUUCGAACUUAUGCUGAGAUGGAGAAUCUUAUGGCCAGGACUAAACGUAAUGCUGAGAACGACAAAAAGUUCGCCAUACAGAAAUUUGCAACAAGCCUUCUGGAUGUGGCGGAUAAUCUCGGGAGAGCUUCUUCGGUUGUCAAGGAGAGUUUUUCCAAGAUUGACAUUUCAAAAGAUUCGGCUGGUGCUACUCCACUCUUGAAAACCCUUUUAGAAGGAGUGGAGAUGACUGAGAAACAAUUAGCUGAGGUAUUUAAGAAGUCUGGGUUGGUGAAAGAAGAUCCAUUAAAUGAACGGUUUGAUCCAAACCGACAUAACGCAGUGUUCCAAGUCCCAGAUGCUUCCAAGCCAGAAGGCACUAUUGCUCAUGUCCUAAAGUCUGGAUACUCGUUGUUUGAUCGAGUUAUAAGACCAGCUGAGGUCGGUGUUACUUGCGCUGCGGUGAACCAAGAGAAAGAGGCCGAAGCUUGAGAAACUCAAACGUGGCGAAAGAGUUGAGCUUUGUUUGAACCUUUACACCUUCAUGUUGUUGUUUUCUUUUACACUCGAUAGCUCUCUCUCACACACACACAUAUUCAUUGGAUGAACAAGAUCUCAUAAAGCAGCUUUGAUGUUGCUGCACUUCCAGGGAAGCCCUGGUUCUGUAACUUUAUUUCACAAAAUUUUCUUUAAGUUAUAACAAUGGAACAUAGGAUGAUAUGAUUUUGAUUUUGA